AUGGACUCGCUUCCCGUAAACAACAAGACGGCCGGUGAACCUGAGAGUGCAUACAACAACACACUUGAAACCGGUGCUGGUAUGACUCAGAACUUCGCGCCAGUCAAGAGGAUAUGCGCUCACCUCAACGCCUUCCACGCAUACGCUCACGACCCCAAGCGCGAUGCAGUCGAAGCAAACCACUACUGCGCGCACCUGAACGAUGAAGUACGCCAAUGCAUCCUCUACGACUCUCCCGAGAAAGGCGCGCGGAUUAUCGGCAUCGAGUACAUGAUCUCCCCCAAACUCUACUCAACCCUCGACGCCGAAGAGCAAAAGCUCUGGCACUCCCACGUCUUCGAAGUAAAGUCCGGAAUGCUAAUCAUGCCGCGUCCAACCGGCGUACCAGAAGCCGCAUGGGAGGUAGCCGAGAACAAAGAGAUGGAAGAAGUUGUCGAGCUGUACGGCAAGAUCUACCAUCUCUGGCAGACUGACCGUGGUGACAAGUUGCCGCUUGGACCCCCACAGCUGAUGACGAGUUAUACGGCCGCGGAUCAGAUGCCGGAUUUUGAGAAGAGGUUGAAGGAGAGGGAUCAGCGCUUUGAUAGCGAUUAUCAGAGGAAGAAGGGGGUGAGGGAGUAUAUUGAGGUGCCGAAGAUUCAUGAGAAUGCUGAUGCGACGUGGGCUAAGGGAGGUGUUGGUCAUUAG